UUUAUCUCCACAUCUCCAUGGUACUACUGCUCUCCCUGUACAUCCCUGCUGCAAGUUAUGCCACGACGGAUACCAUCUUAGCCGGCCAAGCACUCUCCAUUAGGGACAAGCUUGUCUCCAAAAAUGGCAGGUUCACAGGAUUGGAUAUUGGUGUACUCGCAACCAAGAGCUCAAUGCGAUGUGUAUGCAGUCUGUGGGCCUUUUGCAGUUUGCAAUGAUGAUGCCCUUCCUUCCUGCACUUGUACAAAGGGGUUCUCCGUAAGAUCCCCUGAGGAUUGGGAGCUAGAUGAUCGAACAGGAGGAUGCAUUAGGAAUACUCCACUAGAUUGCAUUACAAAGGGACGCUCAACAAGAUCCACAGACAAGUUCUUAACUUUACCAUGUGUUAGUUUGGCUCAAACUAUGCGCAGAAUAGAAGAUGCUCAAAGCAUAGGUGUCUGUGCUCAGGUCUGCUUGGAUAAUUGCUCUUGCACUGCAUAUUCCUUCAGCAACAGUACAUGCUCUGUUUGGCAUGGAGAAUUGUUGAACAUAAGGCAAAUACAGUGUAGUAGCAUUGGAAAUUCAAAUGGAGAGACUCUUUACCUUCGCCUUGCUGCUAAGGAUAUUCAAGGUUUAGAGAAAAACAAAAGAGUGUUUAUUAUUGCAAUUGCCACUGGCACAAGUGUCGCUGCUAUAGGUCUCUUUGCAUUCGCCAUGCUAAUAAUGAUUCGCAGAAACAAAAGGAGUUUCGUUCAUAUAUCAAAUACUGCUCAAGAUUGCAACGGAAUUAUCGCAUUCCCAUAUAAUGCUUUGGAACUUGGAACUAAAAAUUUCUCAGAGAAGAUAGGGGAAGGUGGGUUUGGUUCUGUAUUCAAGGGGUUUCUGAAUAAAUCGAUAGCCAUAGCUGUGAAGAAGCUUGAUCAACAUGCUUAUCAUGGAGAGAAGCAAUUUAGAGCUGAAGUCAGCUCGAUUGGAAUCAUCCAGCAUAUCAAUUUAGUCAAAUUAAUUGGUUUUUGUUGUGAAGGUGCUAGAAGGUUACUUGUUUAUGAGUACAUGCCAAAUGGAUCUCUUGCUACCCAUCUUUUCCAAAGUCAUGCUACAGUACUAACAUGGAGUAAUAGGUAUCAAAUAGCUUUGGGAGUUGCUAGAGGAUUGGCCUACUUGCAUGAGAAAUGCCGAGAGUGCAUCAUACACUGUGACAUCAAGCCAGAAAACAUUCUUCUUAACGAUUCAUAUGUUCCAAAAAUUGCAGAUUUUGGGCUGGCCAAGUUUUUGGGAAGAGAUUUUAGCCGAGUCAUAACUACUAUGAGAGGAACUAUAGGAUACCUUGCACCGGAGUGGAUCAGCGGAGUGGCUAUUACACCAAAAGUAGAUGUUUAUGCCUAUGGGAUGGUCUUACUGGAAAUUGUAUCUGGAAAGAGGAACUCAAGUGUUUCGUGUUCUUGUGGUAGCAAUCAUGACAUCUAUUACCCCGUACAUGUUGCACGGGAGAUCAUCGGCGGAGAUGUUAGGAGCUUGCUGGACAACAGAUUGUGUGGCGAAGUGAAUUUGAAGGAGGCUGAAAUAGCCUGCAAGGUUGCAUGUUGGUGCAUUCAAGAUGAUGAGUUUGAUCGGCCAACAAUGGGUGAGGUAGUUCAGAUCCUGGAGGGUCUACUUGAAGUCAACAUACCCCCAAUGCCAAGGCUGCUUCAAACUAUCGCUGGAAGCUCAAAUUAUUCCACUUGCUGCUAACCCCCUUUUAGCCAAGAGAAAUAUAUCGAUUACAGUAUCCAUGGAAGCAUUGUUUGUGUCCUUGCCUUGUAGUUUUGAAUAAAUUUGGUGCUUUUCUACCACAUAUGCUUUUGUAAUUUUAGAAGGAGAAUUCAGAUGUAGCCGUGUUUUGCUGAUCUUGUUGGUUUGUUAUGUUCAGUGUUGCUGUGUGGAUCGUUGCUGAGGUCGUCAGUGUGUAUU